AUGACGCAACUAUCGGACAGAUCAGCAUGGGUUCAGCUGGGUUACCAUGAAGUGUUCGAACCCUUUAUGCAUUUAGUGGACAAUGUGGAGCGAAUUCACGUCAACAAAGUUAGUCCGAAAAAAAUUAUCGAACGCAUCUAUCAACCAGUAGUCAUAGAGGGUAUGCAGGAUAAUUGGAAAGCUGGUCAUAAGUGGACACUAGAGCGUCUCGCGAAGAAGUACCGCAACCAAAAGUUUAAAGGUGGGGAAGACAACGAUGGGUACAAUGUUAAGAUGAAGAUGAAGUAUUACGUGGAAUACAUGCGUAGCACUACGGACGACAGCCCACUCUAUAUAUUCGACAGCAGUUUUGGCGAGCACCAUCGUCGCAGCAAGUUACUAGAGGACUACGACGUACCACUCUACUUCCGUGACGAUCUGUUUCAACAUGCGGGAGAAGUACGGCGACCACCGUACCGAUGGUUCGUGAUGGGACCAGCCCAAUCCGGUACCGGUAUACAUAUCGAUCCGCUUGGCACGAGUGCCUGGAAUGCGCUGGUGCACGGUCAUAAGCGCUGGUGUCUCUUUCCAACCCACACGCCUAAGGAGCUGCUCAAGGUAACCGGUUCGAUCGGGGGAAAACAGCGAGAUGAGGCAAUCACCUGGUUUAGCUUGAUCUACCCACGCACGAAACAACCGGACUGGCCCAACGACUGUAAGCCGCUUGAAAUUUUACAAAAACCAGGCGAAACGGUGUUUGUACCAGGCGGCUGGUGGCACGUAGUACUUAUUCUGGACGAUACCGUUGCCGUUACGCAAAACUUCUGCAGCCGUACCAACUUCCCGGUGGUAUGGCGCAAAACAGUUCGUGGCCGGCCGAAGCUGUCGAUCAAGUGGUUGAAGAUGUUACAGGUGGUUGAGCCGAACCUAGCUAAGAUCGCGUCCGAAACUGAUAUCGGACAGAGUACGGGAGUUGGGUCGGACAGCUCGAGCAACUCUAGCUCAUCGUCUUCCAGCUCGAGCAACUAUGACGACAGCGACUGUGAAUCGAAUACCGACAGUGGCCAGGAGUCACUUUUGGCGCACAAAUCAAAAAAGCAUAAAAUACGAACAAUGGCGGCGAUAAUAAUAGUCCGUGAUGCCACACGGACAAAAGUUGAUACGCGUUGA